CAUACAAGCAAACAGUUUAAGUUAAAAGAGUCUUUCUUCUUCGCCGAAGCUGCCAAUCGUCAAGCCGGUGAAAAUGACAAAGAGAACGAAGAAGGCUGGAAUUGUCGGCAAAUAUGGUACAAGAUAUGGUGCCAGUCUUAGGAAGCAGAUCAAGAAGAUGGAAGUGAGUCAGCACAGCAAGUACUUCUGCGAGUUCUGUGGAAAGUACGCGGUUAAGAGGAAAGCUGUUGGUAUUUGGGGUUGCAAAGAUUGCGGGAAAGUGAAAGCAGGCGGUGCAUACACAAUGAACACGGCUAGUGCUGUGACGGUUAGGAGUACCAUUAGGCGAUUAAGAGAGCAAACCGAGAGCUAGAUCAAGAGUCAUAACCGUGAUCUCACACUCACAAGUCAGUUUUGUUAUUAUCAAAUAUUGAGUUCUUUAGGCUUCUGUUUCCUUUUUUUGGGUUCAGAUUCUUCACAUUUUUGAAUUCAUCCCUUGUCUUUUUUGCUUUCUGUAUCAAACCUGCCAUUGGCCAACGUUUCUUCUUUCUAAUGAAGUUCUUGGUAGAUUUGAGUUGUGAUUAUAUGUACUUUGAUUUUCGAUAAUAUGUAUGCAUAAUAAUGUAGGAAUGUUUGAUUUGAUCAAUAUGGGAUUAAUCAAAACUUAUUCAAGAACCAA